GGGGGUGGAAGAGGAGGAGGAGGCGGCGGCGACCCGCGGGCUCAGUCUGCUGCCAAUUCACAGAAAGGGAGGAGAAUGGCUGCAAAGGAGAAGUUGGAGGCAGUAUUAAACGUGGCCCUGAGGGUCCCGAGCAUCAUGCUGUUGGAUGUCUUGUACAGAUGGGAUGUCAGCUCAUUCUUCCAGCAGAUCCAAAGAAGUAGCCUGCACAACAACCCUCUCUUCCAGUACAAGUACUUGGCCCUUAAUAUGCAUUAUGUGGGUUACAUCUUAAGUGUUGUGUUGCUAACUUUACCAAGGCAACACCUGGUUCAGCUUUACCUGUACUUUUUGACUGCACUGCUGCUUUAUGCUGGGCACCAAAUUUCCAGGGAUUAUGUGAGAAGCGAAUUGGAAUCAGGAUAUGAGGGACCAAUGUACUUGGAGCCUCUCUCUAUGAACCGUUUCAUGACUGCUUUAGUAGGGCAGCUGGUGGUGUGUACACUCUGCUCCUGCGUCAUGAAAACCAAGCAGAUCUGGCUGUUCUCUGCCCACAUGCUCCCUCUCCUGGCACGGCUCUGCCUCGUCCCGCUGGAAACCAUCGUCAUCAUCAACAAGUUCGCCAUGAUUUUCACUGGUUUGGAAGUUCUCUACUUUCUGGCAUCAAAUCUUCUGGUGCCCUAUAACUUGGCGAAAUCUGCAUACAGAGAGCUUGUCCAGGUGGUGGAGGUGUACGGGCUCCUGGCGCUGGGAAUGUCUCUGUGGAACCAACUGGUUGUCCCAGUGCUUUUCAUGGUGUUCUGGCUUGUUUUAUUUGCUCUUCAGAUCUAUUCCUAUUUCAGUACACGGGACCAGCCUGCCUCGAGAGAGAGGCUCCUCUUCCUCUUCUUGACCAGUAUUGCCGAAUGCUGUAGCACUCCGUACUCACUGCUGGGAUUGGUCUUCACAGUCUCUUUUGUUGCUUUGGGAGUUCUGACUCUCUGCAAGUUUUACUUGCAGGGUUACCGAGCAUUCAUGAAUGAUCCUGCUAUGAACAGGGGAAUGACUGAAGGAGUCACACUCCUGAUCCUGGCUGUGCAGACAGGUUUGAUAGAGCUCCAAGUUGUGCAUCGGGCGUUUCUGCUCAGUAUUAUUCUUUUCAUUGUGGUGGCAUCCAUACUUCAGUCCAUGCUGGAAAUUGCUGAUCCCAUUGUCUUGGCAUUGGGAGCCUCAAGGGACAAGAGUCUGUGGAAGCACUUCCGAGCAGUCAGCCUCUGUCUGUUCUUACUCGUGUUCCCUGCAUACAUGGCCUACAUGAUUUGUCAGUUUUUCCACAUGGAUUUCUGGCUGUUGAUCAUUAUCUCCAGCAGUAUUUUAACCUCUCUUCAGGUGCUUGGGACACUCUUCAUUUAUGUUUUGUUUAUGGUGGAGGAGUUCAGAAAAGAGCCUGUAGAAAACAUGGACGAUGUGAUUUAUUACGUGAACGGCACGUACCGGCUGCUGGAGUUCCUGGUCGCGCUCUGCGUGGUGGCCUACGGGGUCUCAGAAACCAUCUUUGGUGAAUGGACCGUGAUGGGUUCUGUGAUCAUCUUCAUUCACUCCUACUACAAUGUGUGGCUGCGGGCCCAGCUGGGCUGGAAAAGUUUCCUUCUUCGAAGAGACGCUGUGAAUAAGAUAAAAUCACUGCCCGUGGCCACGAAAGAGCAGCUGGAGCAGCACAAUGAUAUCUGUGCCAUCUGCUACCAGGAUAUGAAAACUGCUGUAAUCACACCAUGUAGCCAUUUUUUUCAUGCGGGUUGUCUUAAGAAAUGGCUGUACGUGCAAGAAACCUGCCCUCUGUGCCACUGCCAGCUGAAGAGCCCUUCACAGCUACCAGGACUGGGACCAGAGCCAGUGCAACAGCCAAAUCCUCCUGCAGAGCAAAACACCAGGCCUGGAGACGCAGCUGAGCCGCCUGGUGCUGAAUGUGACGAUAGGCCAGGUGUGAAAGACAACCCGAGCAGGGACAAGGGCCAGGCUGCCGAUGGACACGACAACCUGGAGGCCUCUGCCCAUCCAGGGGGGUCUCACAGCAUGGACAGUGACAAAAGCCCCUGUGAGGCCACCCAGGGAGCAGCUUGUGCUGCAGAACUAAUUGCAACCCAGGAGGGAUGGUCUGCUCGAGAUCUAAGGGUUUGUGUCCAGCUCUGAGGCUACAUUUCAGAGAUCCACGUUUGACUCAGAAGAAAACCAGUCCUUCCACAGCUGUGAAAGAAGUGUAGCUAUUAUUGCUGGUCAAAAUGUAAUCUCCCAUGCUGAAUUUUAUGGGCUGCUUGGUAGCAGUAACUCCAGUGAGAUGUAGUAGAAAUGACUCCAGAAGCUCUCUGAACUGUGGGCAUAGGAAGGAUGUCUGGAAAUAAAUAGCAGUGAAAAAGAGUGUUUUCAAGAUGUAGGUGAGGGGUAAGAGAAGCGAAAGGUCUGUGAGAGGUUGUAGCCAGACAGACAGAACGCUGGCUUGGUUUUGGUCAGGAAGAGGGGUUGCAUACAGCCGUGUCCCAGGGUCCUGAGGGGUGUUAAAGGCCGUGAGUUGCCAGUCUCUGACUGAUGUGCAGCUUUGGUUGCUGACGUUUUUUUAUGGCACGUAAGCAAAAAUCAAAGAUGUAACAGCAGUGAUUGUACGAGAAGAUGGAAGCACUCCUAAUACGUCGUGUGUAUGCUUUGGGUGUUCUUGGGGCAGUUGCAUUUGAAUUCAUGUAAUCUAUAGUGACUCUUGACUUUUAUGACGGAGUCGUCAGUAUUUUGAUGUAUAUGAAACUUUUGCUAAUAAUGGGCACAGUCUGGGCUGCAUGAAGUAAACUAAAGCUCUAAUGAACACUUUGACCUCUGCUGCCAUGUGCAAGGAGGAAAGUGGGAUGAGUUUUAGGGCAUGGAGAGAAGCCUUGCUAUACUGUGCUGUGUAAUGUUUAAUCCUUGCAGCUGAAUUAAAACAGUAUUAAACUCUGGCGAUAUUUGCACUUUGGGAAUGAGUACAUUAUUGUGUAUGAUCAGACUCCGCAAAUGCCACUUUUAAAGCUGUUAAUAGGUUUGCACCUUUUUUUCUUUGACAAGGACAUGUCCAUACUUAAAUUUUUACAUUCAUCAUGGCUUCAAGUAGAACAAGGGACUGGGGUGGGGAAAUAGGUGGGAGUAGGGGGCAGGCAAUUUUUUUAUGUGAAUUUUGAUAUGAAGAGAAAUUAGUCACUUAUUUAUACGAUAGGCUUGACUCAAGUGUUUUUCAAAGUCGGUAUUCCUAAUGUGAAAUGUGAUACUAUUUUAUUUUUAGUAGUAAAUUUGGAUGUAGACUGACAGACAUAGCUGAAUGUCUUAAUAAAUUACAUUUGAAGAUUUUUA